GACAGUGUGGUUUCCAGUUUGAUCUGCCAAUGGCCGACACUUUUGACACUGGAUCUUUCCUUUACUCCCAUAACGGACGUCGCACUAAACCAGAUUGCAUUUUAACUGAAGAGGGUCUGGUGUCGCUCGUUCGUGCCCUUCCCCAUCUACGCCAGUGGAUUCUGGGCGAUACGCCGAUGUUCAGUGAAUGCAUGUUAAAGGAAGUGGGUAAGAGCGAAUUCCUUGAAGGCGUAACUCUCCGUUUGAUGAAGCCGGUAGAGCCGGCAAAGCCCUCAAAACCGGCGCCAAGCCGAAAGUCCACUUUAAACAAAGCAGAUGAUAUUCAACGGAAGGCAGCAGUCACCACCAGUGCUGACCAAACGGCCGGGAUCGCUGCACUGUUGAAGCCGAGUUUGCGCAGCCUACGAAUCUACAGUCUUGACAGUUUGUCAGAUGCCUCCUUCGACUGCAUUCAACGGGCGACCAAACGGAUAUCGAACUGCGCGCUACAAAGAGGCAACUUGAACAGUCAUCGUGCGACACUCACUAGUGCCUCUAAGAUACCAAGCUUCAUUUGCGCCAACUAUGUGCUGACCAGUCUCGCUAUUAACGACUGUCCACAGAUUACGGGCAAGUUGCUGGAAAGGAUUGUUGGUUUGCCGCAAAUCACCUGCUUGAAUCUCUCGCGGUGUGCCAAUCUGACAGAUGCGGGCGUGAAGAUCAUCACCGAGAGUGCCUUUAUUGGAUACCUGAGAGAAUUAUACCUGUCUCAGUGCUCUCAGAUCACCGAUAACGGCGUCUUCAACAUUUUCAAACGGUUGGUUGCUAUUUAUUCGAAAGGAUAUAUUUCGUGUUUUGCUAUCUCCACUAGCUAA